UAGGGCUUUGACAGAGGGCAUGGCGCUGGCUCAAAUGCAUGUGCCGCUCAUGCGUCUCGGCGGUUCCAAGCCCGCCGGACGCAACAGCAGGAGCAGCAAAAUCUCUAAUCCGAAGAAGGCUGCCAAGGAGGAGCUCGUCACUGUGCUCCAUUUUCCCAGGAAACCAAUGGAGGAGGAAAUCGAGAAGGAAUCCAGCACUGCGAGUAGCGAUAGGUAUUCAUAUCUCAGCGAUGGUAAGCUCGACAAAUUCCACAGGCUUCGCUCUCCCAGAGCUGCUCGAGAGCUCUCCUUGUGUGUGUUAUAUGCGGGAUUGGUGUCUGGCAGUGAUCCAUUGGAAGUUUUAGAAGAUCGAAUGCAAGCUAGAAGAGAGCGUGUUGAUGAGAAGGUACUGCACCAAUACGAUCAUGACGCCAAGAGCGGCGAGCCUCUCUAUGUGAGCAGUGAAAGCGAAGCCAAAGAACUGGAAUUCCAGCAAGAACAACAGUCAGAAAUUGAUGCGGCGCUACUAACUGCUCAUCCUUAUGUAGUUUACAAUAAGUUUGUUCUAAGUCUUGCGGAGAAGAUCAUAAAAGCGACCUCAGAGGGACGGGAAAAACAAGAAGCAGUUGUCAAAGAGCUUCUUCCCUCGACAUGGAAGGACGAGGGCAAUGGAAAACUCCUUGAAACAACAAUUAUGCACAUGGCUAUUGCAGAGAUAGAGGUGCUGGGGACAUCUCCAAACAUUGUCAUUAACGAGGCCGUGGAGCUUGCCAAGAGAUUUUGCGAUGGCUUUGCCCCACGAGUGGUGAACGGCUGCCUCGGGAAUUACUUCCGCAGCCGACAACCGCGCCGUAACAUGUCUCCUGUUGCCAAGGGCCUGCAAGCAUCCUCGAGCGCCUCGCUUUACGAGAGUAUUGGCUGGAAGGAUGAAUACGAGGACUGAUUGACAGUUGUUUCUCUGGGAAAAGAGGAGGAAGGGGAAGAAGGAAUCGCUUCGCAGCACGCACUCCGGUGGGUUUGUUGUUAUACUUUUUUGAAGUCUACAGAGCUCAAAAAAUUUCCAGACGGCCCAUCCGCCAGCCAGCCAGUACAAGGGAGGCAGCAGGGGGCCAUGCUUUGCUACUAGCUACAAGCAGACACAAGGACGGUUGUUUUCUAGCUAGCUACUUGGAUCUCCAGUUGGUGCUCGCUCCAACAAAACUUAUAGCAGACACCACGGGGGGUGAAUAUGAGUCGGACACCAGCAGCUCCUUCAACUCUUGGGCUGAAAACAAGUUGAAUCGAGCUGGAGCCAGCCAAAGCGGCCAACCAGCCAGCCAGCUC